AUGCUGAACAUUGAAGGGUAUUGGGAUAUCGUUAUAUCGUCCCUACAAGAUAUCUGUAAUGCCAACGAGUCCACUACAUUUGAUGAUUUGUAUCUGAAAUACUUGGAUGGAGGACUUCCAACGGAUUUGAAAGAGUUGAAUGCUCUAAAAUCGUCAGUUUCUGAUCACAAGUCCAAUAUACAGACAUCGGCAAGAGUGAUCGAAACCUGUCAACAAAACUUAUCCACAUUGAUAGCCAACUUACAAAAACAAGGCAGAGCAUCCAGGAAUAAUUCCAUAUCCAAAGAAUCAAAAACAGUAUCUGGUAAGAAGCAGAAGAAAGUAGGAAGACUGUACUACACGUCAAAAUAUAAUUCCCUGGAACCGGUUGUUUUAGGAUCUGAAGUUGCCUAUAAGUUGAAGAACCGUCACGGAGAGGAAUGGAUUCAAUGUGAGGUGACCAAGAUCCUUGGUGAUGGUAUGAAGUUCGAAAUAAGAGAUCCUGAACCUGAUGAAAACAAUAAUCCUGGUCAAACUUUUAAAGCUAAUUAUAAAGAAAUUAUAUUAAUAAGCCCUCCAGGACAAUCAUUCCCAAACUAUCCUUAUGGGUUCAAGGUUUUGGCCAGAUAUCCGGAAACCACCACUUUCUAUCCUGCCGUUGUGGUCGGAACAAAGAAAGAUGGAACAGUAAGAUUAAAGUUUGAUGGAGAAGAAGAAGCAAACAAAGAAACUGAAGUUGAUAGAAGGUCAGUAUUACCGUUCCCAGAUAAGUAA